AUGGCUUCCUUUCCCACCGCAGUGCGGUCCAGUCCAAGACUAGCAUUCAAUAUUAUCCAAGCCCGUCGCAUAUCCGACCUCACCAUCACCCGUACCGGCAAACCCAUCCUCCGUGUACAGGGUGGAAGGUCAGUCAUUGCGAUGAUCCUCUUGUGCCACACUGCGACAGUAUUUGGCGCAACCGGACAACUUGGAAGAUAUAUCGUGAAUCGGCUAGCACGCCAAGGAUGUUCGGUCGUCAUUCCUUACCGAGAAGAGAUGGCGAAGCGCCAUCUCAAAGUUGCUGGCGAUCUGGGUCGUGUCAGUUUUAUCGAGUACGACCUACGCAACACCGAAUCGAUCGAGGCCAGCGUCAGACACUCCGAUGUGGUAUAUAACCUCAUUGGUCGGAAUUAUCCUACUAAGAACUUCACUUUGGAAGAUGUUCACGUGGAGGGCACUGAGCGCAUUGUCGAGGCUGUCGCCAAGUACGAUGUCGACCGUUAUAUCCACGUCUCUUCCUAUAAUGCCGACCCCAACUCACCCUCCGACUUCUUCGCCACCAAAGGGCGAGGAGAGCAGGUUGCGAGAAGCAUCUUUCCAGAAACCACCAUCGUUCGCCCGGCCCCUAUUUUCGGGUUCGAGGAUAGACUCCUCAUUCGGUUAGCUGGCAUCACCAACAUAUUUACGUCAAACAAUAUGGAGGAGAGAUACUGGCCUGUUCACUCCAUUGAUCUUGGCCAAGCGCUAGAAACCAUGCUAUACGACGAUACGACAGCCGGACAAACGUAUGAGCUUUACGGGCCUACGAACUACUCGACAGCCGAGAUUUCCCAAAUGGUAGAGAAUGAAAUUCACAAGAAGCGAAGGCAUAUCAACUUGCCCAAGGCGAUACUGAGGCCGGCGGCCAAACUACUCAACCAAGUACUCUGGUGGCCAGUACUCUCGGCAGAAGAUGUAGACAAGGAAUUCAUUGACCAGACGAUCGACAAGAAGGCCAAGACAUUUGCUGAUUUAGAUAUCACGCCUGGUGAAAUAAGCAACUUUACGUACCACUACCUACAAGGGUUCCGAAGUUCUGCGACGUACGAUCUCCCGCCGGCAACGGAGAAGGAGAAGAGGGAAGAUAGAAAAACUCUCUCAUCCCACGCCCUCGCGGCGCUGCAGGAGUUCUACGGCGAGCGUGAUGCGCACGCCGACAAGUUCGAGAAGCUGAAGACGGCCGCGGAGAAGCAGCAUGACGAUGCAGCUGCUACUGCUGGCGCACCAACACAGCCCCUUUCUAUGGAUGCCUUUACUGAGGAUUGGAAUGAGUCUCAGUUUUGGUAUUCGGACGAAACGGCUACGCUACUGGCUACACAGCUGCUCGAUGGCGUUGGGGAGGAUGAGACUAUUGCGGUGGUGUCCGCGCCAAGUGUCUUUGUCGCUCUGAAGAAUCUGUUGAACACACCCUCCGACACCAGCGCCCCCGUCCCCAAACCAAAGCCAAAGCAAGUCUACCUUCUCGAGCACGAUCAGCGGUUCGCCGUCUUCCCCGAGUUCGUCUUCUACGACUUCCAACAACCUACCAAGCUCCCCGCGCAGCUGAAAGGCGCCGUGGAUCGCAUCAUCUGUGACCCCCCUUUCCUUAGCGAGGAUUGCCAGACCAAAGCCGCCCUAACCGUCCGCUGGCUCUCCCGCGCCACAAAGACAGCAACCCCACGCCUCAUAGUCUGCACAGGUGAGCGCAUGGCCAGCCUCAUCACGAAGCUGUACCGGUUCUUCGGCCUGCGCACCACAACGUACGAGCCGCGGCACGCGCGCGGGCUUAGCAACGAGUUCUACUGCUACGCCAACUACGAGCGGGAUGGCCUGUGGCAGUUCCGAGACGACGGGGGAUCCUAA